AUGCCUCACAUUUUACUGGUACAGCCUACAAAGAGGACAGAAGGCAGAACUUAUGCUGACUAUGAAUCAGUGAAUGAAUGCAUGGAAGGCAUUUGUAAAAGGUAUGAAGAACAUCUGAAGAAAAUGAAGUCCAACAGCCCCUAUAUCAGAUAUGAUAUCAGCCAGGUGUUUGAUUUUACUGAUGAUCUGGCAGACCUCAGCUGUCUUAUUUACCAAGCUGAUACCCAGAUCUACCAGCCCUAUCACAAAGACUGGAUUAAAGAGAAGAUCUACUUGCUUCUUCACCAGCAGGCCAGGGAAAUAAUUGUGCUGGAAGGAUUAGGCAUUGGGAGCCUGGGCACCGGAGGAAUCAGCUACUGGAGCCAGGACAUUAUCAGCCCCUGUGCCGCUGCUGUAGCAAUGGAUCUGGGCACUGGAGAAGUCGGCUAA